AUUAUAAACAGACACUCAAAUGUCACGACAAUUAUGGAAUUUUUUCUCUUGGGCUUUUCUGAUAUUCCUAAUGUCCGGUGGAUCCUUUUUGGGUUAUUUUUAGUCAUCUACUUAACUAUCCUGAUGUGCAAUAGCAUCAUCAUACUGAUAACAAGCAUUGACCCUGCUCUCCAGACCCCCAUGUAUUUUUUCCUCAGCAAUUUUUCCUUUCUAGAAAUCUGUUAUGUAACAGUCACUAUUCCAAGGAUGCUCAUGGACCUUUUGACCCAGAAAGGAACAAUUUCUUUCUUUGCCUGUGCUACACAAAUGUGUUUUGUCCUAAUGCUUGGAGGUGCAGAGUGCCUGCUCCUGGCUGUGAUGGCCUAUGACCGCUAUGUGGCCAUCUGUAACCCUCUGCACUACCCUCUGGUCAUGAACCACAAAGCCUGUGUCCAGCUGGUGAUAGUUGCCUGGACCAGUGCUGUUCCAGUUGUAAUUGGGCAAACUUGCCAGAUCUUCUCUCUGCCAUUUUGUGGAUCCAGCACAAUUAAUCAUUUCUUCUGUGAUAUCCCCCCAAUACUCAAGCUUGCUUGUGGGGACACAUUUGUGAAUGAGCUAGCAGUCUAUGUAGUUGCAGUGGUAUUUAUCAUGGUUCCAUUUCUGUUGAUUGUUGUGUCCUAUGGCAAAAUUAUCUCCAACGUUCUGAAGUUGUCAUCAUCCAGUGGGAGGGCUAAAGCCUUCUCCACCUGUUCUUCUCAUCUGACUGUCGUAGUCCUAUUCUACGGAACAGCCACUAUCACUUAUUUACAACCCAAACCAAAUCAAUCUGAAGGAACUGGAAAACUCAUCUCUCUUUUUUAUACAGUUUUGAUCCCAACAUUGAAUCCCAUCAUAUAUACUCUGAGGAACAAAGAUAUCAUGUUGGCACUAAGAAAACUUUUAGCUAAGAUAUUAACAUGA